AGAGAGACGGUUGUAUUUGAAACCAUUUCAAAAAAAAACUCCAAGGAUAAGAGUUAAGAGACGCAAGAGAUACGAACUUCUUCUGCUCUGCUGCAAGUUCUCAACUUCACUACAACCUCAGAUUCCUUUGAAUUCCCAUUACUUGUUCCACUUCCUCAAAUCUCAAUUGGUGAACGACAAGUCUUUGAGAAAUUUUGGAUCUGUUUGCUGCGAAACCCUAAUUUUGUGCUGCAAGGCUUCGGAAACUGAGGUUCUCUUUUGAUGGAAACUGAGGAUGGGGCUAAUAAUGCUGAUAAUGCGGAUCAGUUAGGACUAGAUCGGAGUUUGGAUUUUGAAGGUGUGAAUAAUGGGGUGACAAUUGAUGGUGGAAAUGGUGUUGCUGAAGGCAAAGAAGUUCAGGGUUUGAAUGAUGAAGUUGUAAAUUAUGGGAUGGAAAUUGAAGGUGGAAACGGUGUUGCUGAAGGUGAAGAAGUUUGGGGCUUGAAAGAUGAAGCUGUAAAUAAUGGGCUUACAAAUGAAGGUGGAAAUGAUGUUGCUGAAGGUGAAGAAGUUCAGGGCUUGAAGAAUGACACUGUAAAUAAUGAGGUGGCAAUUGAAGGUGGAAAUGGUGUUGUUGAAGGUGAAGAGGUUUGGGUCUUGAAGAAUGAAGUUAUAAAUAAUGGGUUAGUGAUGGCUAAUGGGAAUGGUGUUGUUGAAGGUGAAGAAGUUUUGGUCUUGAAAAAUGAAAUUAUAAAUAAUGGGUUGGCAAUUGCUGAGGGGAAUGGUGUUGCUGAAGAUGGAGAAAUUUGGGGCUUGAAGAAUGAAGCUGAAAAUACUGAAGAGGUAAUUGCUGAUGGGAAUGAUAUUGCUGACAGUGGAGAAGUUCAGGGCUCUAAAAUUGAAGCAGUAAACAAUGAGAUCGUAAUUGCUGAUGGAAAUGGUGUUGCUGAUGGAAAUGGUGUUGCUGAAGGUAAAGAUGGCUGGUGCUUGAAGAAUGGAAAAGUAGAUAAUGGAGUGGCAAUUGCACAUGUGUUUGGUGUUGCUGCAGGGAAUACUUGUGCAAUUGAAUGUUUUCAAACCUAUAAGAGGCGCAAGCAUGUAAAGUCAAGUUCAGAAAGUAAAGUCCAGGGAGACAGCAGAGAAUAUGUGGAAGCUGUGAGUCACCUUUCAGACCAGGAACCUUAUAAAGCUGACAAAGAUGGUCAAGAAUGCUCUUCGCAAUUUGAGUGUAUGUCUCAUAGAUUACAGAGUGAAGCUAAUGGACAUGCAAAUGUUAUGCAUAAUGGAUUUUCUAGAAUGUCAGAUGGCUGUGGUGCAACUGACAGGUGUCAGCGUGUGCUUUGCAAUAUCUUAGCCUCUGAGAAGUUCAAUUCGUCAUGUAAAUUGCUACAUGAAAAUUUCCAAGGAAUGAAAACUGAAAGUGUAUUUGACUUUAGUGUGAUAAACUCAAGGAUGAAGGGGCGAGCUUAUGAACAAUCACCUACACUUUUCUUAUCAGAUAUUCAACAGGUUUGGAGAAAGCUUCAAAAUACGGGAAAUCAGAUUGUUGCUAUAGCUAAGAGCCUCUCCAACAUGUCAAAAGCUUCCUUCUGCGAGCAGUUCUGUAAUCAUGAAUCCAAAUCUCACAUGAAACCAGAGCAAAAAGAAGAAUGUGCUACAUACAAAAUUGGCACUUGCAGGCAUUGUGGAGACAAAGCAGAGGGGACAGACUGUUUGGUUUGUGAUUCAUGUGAGGAGAUGUACCAUGUAUCCUGUAUUGAGCCUGCUGUGAAAGAAAUACCCCACAAAAGCUGGUUCUGUUCCAAUUGUACUGCUAGUGGAAUUGGAUCUCGACAUGAGAAUUGUGUAGUGUGUGAACGGUUGAAUGUCCCGAAGACCCUUAACUUUGCUCGUGACGAAAGCAUCCCAACAAAUGAGGAAACACUAAAUGAAUUGGAAGAGAAUUCAAAUUGUACUUAUGAUGGGGUUCAGGUUUCCGUAGGUGGGAGAAACUCUCCUGACUGCAAAAUUUGUAAAAUGAAUUUGGAGGGUGAAAAGAUAAAAGUCUGUGGUCACCCUUUUUGCCCCAAUAAAAACUACCACAUAAGGUGUUUGUCAAGUAAGCAGAUUAAGUCAUAUGGUCGCUGUUGGUAUUGCCCUUCUUGUUUAUGCCAAGUUUGCCUCACCGAUAAAGAUGAUGAUAAGAUUGUACUCUGUGAUGGCUGUGAUCAUGCAUACCAUAUCUACUGUAUGAAACCUCAACGAAAUUCUAUUCCAAAAGGGAAAUGGUUCUGCCGAAAAUGUGAUGCAGGGAUUCAGGCAAUACGUCAGGCGAGAAAGGCAUAUGAGAUGAAAGCUGGUGAGAGUGAUUCAAAGCCAAAUGAUAUUUUUGAUAAGAAAUGGAACAAUAAGCGAGGAAGGGAAUCUGACAAAGUUGGAGGAAUGGACAUGCUUUUAACUGCAGCAAAUACCCUGAAUUUUGAAGAGGACUUACAUGCAAUCCAGAUUGACUCAGAGAGAACAUUAACAUUUUGCUGAAUUUUGGAUACAUGCCAUGCCGUUGGAAAGAAAGGAUUAUAGAGAGCAAAAAGCAUCAACAGAAAUUGUGAUGAUUAGAGAAGUCUGCGAGAUUCAGCAGGUCAGAUACUACUUGUAAUAUACUGUUGUAAUAGAUUCAUUUGAAAUUCAAUUGGCUGGUUUAUUUCACCCACAAUAUGAUAUUUUGGAUUGCUCCCAAUAUUUCUUUAAAUUUGUAUAAUCGAUGCCCAAUUGAUUGAUAAUAAAAAAAGGAGUGACUUUUUAUCCGUUU